GUAUUCAACCCGCGAUUCAUCUGUUUCAUCUUAUCCAGACUCCCCCUCCUCGUGGCGCUCCGCUCCGCUCCGCCCCGCCCCGCCCACCUCUUGCUACGCCCCUUGCGCCGCCGGGUGCCUCCUGCCCCGCUCGGCCCCUCACCACGCGCCGCCGGCCUUCUCCUGCCUCUCAAUCCCAUCUCCUCCUUACCCGCGGCUUUCUUCGCCGUUCACCGCUCCCCUCCAUCUACUGGUCGCGACCUCGUGGGAGGCAGAUGAUGGGAGGGUGCGGCGCUGGCGUCCGGCUCCAGGAGCUCGAGAGGGCCGAUCUGCGCGUCGGCGACCUCGCGGGAGGCAUGGCAUGGCGUGCUGCGCUCGAGACGAGCGGGCUCGAGUAAGGGGAUUGGAGGGUGGCGCCGGCGGGAUCGCGGACGGGGAUGGAGUGGGCGGGUGCCGGCAAGAUCGAGGCCGGGGAUGGAGAGGGCGGUCGGCGAGCUGGCGGCUGAGGAUGGAAGAGACGGCGCUAAUUCGCUACUACUCGCACCGCACCACGUCCCUAGCUUCCUCCUCUCUGAUCGAACUGAGUCUGUUUUACAAAGGGAUCCGGCGACUAGAGGGGGAGCUGCCACCGGUGACGCUGCCGGAGAAGCUGGCGAGGUUCCUCCAGAAGUGCGCCGAAGGAGUUCCAGGACGAGCCCCGGUAUAGCGGAGACCGGUGGUACCUUGGUGGCUGGGUUCCAGAUGCCCACUGACCAGGCAACUCUAUCGUUGAGGACCGUGUGGACCGCAGGAGGAUCCCUGAUGCUUUGUUGCUCCUGUGACCUUCAAUUUGUUGUGUGGCUGUCUACAAACAACAGGCAUGGUGGGAGGGCGAUGCUCUGUUGACUGCUUUUCUUAAUAUUACAGAGGGAGGAUCGAAGUGGAGAUUGGUACUUUCCCUUUCAGCGGCCAAACAAAAGCAACACUUUUUCAUGUGAUUUUAGAUGAAACGACCAGAGUGUGUAAAAUCUGGAUCGCUACAAACAGGUCAAGGUUAGUUAUGUUUCUCCUUCUGAUAUUCUCUAGAUAAUGCUAUCAAGCAAGAUCACCUUAGGACAAUAUAAUCUACUAUUUACUUUCUUUGUGUUUCAGUAUGUUCAAACUAUUUACAUGUGUGCAAAUGGGCAUAGUUUGAUUAUGCGACUUAGUGUCUUACUUGUUCUGCCUAACUGUUGGAUCCUAGCUCUUAUGUUAUCUACCUAUAGCCAGUGCAUGCCAAAAAAUAAAAUAAAACCUAUGGCCAGUGAUAUGUUUAUGGCUGGAUGUCUACUGCUUCUGUCAAUGCCAUAGUAGAUUCAAUCGAAACUGAUAUAUCUAAACAACAAUUGUUUCAUUUCGAUCACAUAACAUUAUUUUUGCUGAAAAAUCACAACGUUUUAUUCAAGUUUGUGGGUGUUUUCCCUAAUCUGUUUGCAACUUGGCAUGAGAGUCCGUUUAUGCAUGUAGUUAUUUUGGUCCAGAAAUCGACCAUGGAUGAUGCUCCUUAUUUUGAAGAGACUAAGUUCUUCUGAGCCUCCGAUAAAAUAAACAAAGAGGGCUUUAAUGAGAUGAUGCUUCUUGUUUAAUGUUGUUAGAUCUCCUAAAAUAAUUUGAAGGCGUGGGGCUUGCUGGUCAAGUAGGUUGCGCCGCUCCAUCAGGAUGUCCUCCCCCACUGUAGUGUUAACUGAUUAAUCAUGCACAUCCAUUAAAGCAAAGAUUCAGAAAAAUGUUUAGUACACUAAUUAAUCAAUCAGUAAAGGACAAAUUGUUUAAUCCUACUAUUUAGACACUCCAUCCAUCCAAUCUAGUGAGUUUAAAUUGAUUAAUCCUGCACAUUCUUAAAUUAUGAAGAGUAAAAAAAAGAUUUUGGUGUUGGAGGAGCAGCGAGCAAGUGUAGUUUGCAAACCAAAUGCAGUUUCUAUAGUGAACACUGAUUUGCGACCUCAGCUCAGCCAUAUUGAACGGAUUUAUUGCUCUGUGAAAUAGGAGUUAGCCCAUAUAGAAAUGCCACUCCAAUAUUGGAGGAAGUGUUGAUUGAGCUGAGAAAUUUACUUGACGAUGAAAGGAACGAUUUGCUUCAAAAUUUACAGAAUAACUUCUCCAAGCUCUCAGAAGAGAAGCAAUAAUGUGACUCCCAGGUGCCUCUCUGAGAGAAAAGCUGGAGAUGCUUUGCCAGUGGCAAAAAAGGGAAGUAAUUGCUACGGACGCCAGCCAGGUGUUCAUGCUAUUUGAUUAAUGUUUUCUGCUCUUAAUAAUGCUUCCAUUUUUCUUCUUUUAGAACCCUUCUUUUGUACUCUUACAAAUAGCAGGUGAAAGGAGAAGGAUGAAGAAGUCAAGCUAUUGGAGAGAUCAAUUGAGGAGCUCAAAAGAACUUUAGUGUUCUCAAAAGUAGCUUUAUUCAGUUUGAGUGAAUUUUGUGUAGGUGUUGUAGCUAUUCAUUUUGCCAUGCAUUCUGAAUGUUAGUACACACCCAUGUUGGUACAGAACUCCUAUUGUUAUGCCUGUUAUGACAACAACUUUCCCCGAUUUUUGUGCAUAAACAUACAUAUGUGGACUAAAUUCUUUUGUUACUUGCUCAGCCAA